AUGAUUGUAGCAGACGCAAGAGCAGUGAGCUUCAGUUUCUCCUCUUUCACGCCAAACAUGGACGAAAUGAACUACCUCGGCGACGCCUUCACCUCACGAGGCGCCAUCCAGCUGACUAGAAACCUCAUAAACGAGCCCCUGAACAGCAGUGUUGGCCGGGCAGUUUACAACCAACCUGUCCGCCUGGCCUCGACCUUCACAACCCAUUUCAAAUUCCUCAUCACAAACGCGACCGACGGUUCAUUCGGAGACGGGCUCGCCUUCUUCAUAGCUGCGGCGGGUGCCCGCCUUAAUCUCACCAGCACGGGCGGUUGGCUUGGCCUCACCGACUGGGCCACCGAUGGCAACUCGUCUAACCAAAUCGUGGCCGUGGAGUUCGACACGUUUCAAAACGAGUGGGAUCCGCCCUCAGACCACAUCGGCUUCGACGUGAACUCCAUCAGAUCCGUAGUCAACAAAACGUUGCCUGGCCAGUCGGCGUUGAGAAGAGGAGGCAAGAUCGACGCCUGGGUAGACUACCAUGCCGGACAUUUGUCGGUUUUCCUUUCUUCCGAUGGCCUGCGAAAUGAAACGGCGGACCUGUAUUACGACAUAGAUCUCCGGGACUUUUUGCCUGAGUGGGUGACUGUGGGGUUUGCGGCGUCCACGGGUGAUUCCACGGAGAUUCACAACUUGCUCUCAUGGGAGUUCAGCAUGUCUGAUCCGACGCCGGCCAUGAGAAACGGACUUAGAGGGCCGGUCUUGGCGCCGGCUAUAGCUAUCCCGGUUUUGAGCCUGGUUGGAAUGUUGUUAGCGUUUUUGUAUGGAAGAUGGUAUAGUUUUAGUCAGGUUAAUUUGGACAUUGAUGUUGAGUUAGACGGGCGCCUGGCUUAUGGACCACGGCCGUUUAGGUAUAAGGAACUUUGUUUGGCGACAAGGGGCUUCGCUGAUAAACUCGGGCAGGGUGGUUUCGGAAGUGUGUACUACGGAAUGUUGCCCGAGACUAAGCUGGCGGUGGCCGUCAAACGUGUGGCCCAAGAUUCUGAGCAGGGAAUGAAGGAAUAUAUAUCAGAGAUCAGCAUUUUUAGUCAAUUGCACCACCAAAACUUGGUCCGGCUUGUUGGGUGGUGUCAUGAAGGGGCAGAGCUGUUAUUAGUGUACGAGCACAUGCCAAACAGGAGCCUCGAUCAACACUUGUAUGGACAAAACCUUUUGAAAUGGGCCUUGCGAUACAAAAUUGCAUGCGGCCUCGCUCACGCCUUGCUUUACUUACACGAGGAAUGCCAACAGCCGGUGGUGCACCGGGACGUGAAGAGCAGCAAUAUGAUGCUCGAUGCAGACUUUAAUGCAAAGCUUGGCGACUUCGGGCUUUCCCGUCUAAUGGAACACGGUGUGCAGGAAAGCACGUCCAGUAUUAUUGGUGGCACAAUGGGAUACCUUGCUCCAGAGUGCCUCAUGACCGGAAGGGCCAGUGCAGAAGCAGAUGUUUUCAGUUUUGGGGCGGUGGCCCUCGAGAUUGUUUGCGGCCGGCGGCCUGUAUUUGAUGACAAUGACGAUCAAAGAAUAACUUUGGUGGAGUGGGUGUGGAAUCUGUAUGGAGCGGGAAAAUUAUUGGAAGCAAUAGAUGAGAGAUUAGUUGAGGAUUAUAACGAAGAGGAAAUAGAAGUAGUUUUAAUGGUGGGUUUGUGGUGCUCUCACCCGGACCCUGCCACCCGGCCUAUAAUGAGACAGGUUAUCCGGUACCUUGAGUUUGUGGCUCCUGUACCUCAACUCCCCUUCAAAUUGCCUAUGCCUCUGUAUUUUCCAAAUUUCAGCCCCUGCGAUACCAACGGGAUCGAUAAUGUUUAG